AUGUACCCCCGCGCCCCGACGGCGUACGCGACGCAGGCCGACAAGUGGAAGCGCAACGGCAAGGAGUCCUCAUGGCGGUCGUCCGCGUCGCCCGCGCCGGCGUCGCCCGCGGUCUCGGAGCUCGUCCUCGUCUCGGAGCUUUGCUCGGCGGCCGGCCAAAGCUCAUUCCCGCCCAAGGAGGUCCUCAACACUUUUGUCCGCGUCUUGCCGUCGCUCGACCGCCAAUACACGUGCGAGCUCCUCGAGCAGAAGCUUGGCGACUCGCUCUGGCAGGUCAUCGCCCGGGCGCUUCUCGUGCUCGACGCGGCGUUUGGCACUGCGCACGCCGACGACUUCCUCGUCUUCUUUGCGUGCAAGCUCCAACUCAUCGCAGGCCUCACGCAGCACCCCAAGCAAACGGUCAAGUCGCGCGCAGAGAAGGUGUUGACGACGCUCAACAACUUUGAGCCCCCGCCAGCACCUGCCCCCGUCGCGCAAUACCAAGCACCGUCCCCGGUCCGCAGCCAUUAUGGGUAUCACGAAGAUCUACUGCGAUCUCCGACGGCCCAGCCCAAGGGCUUCUUUGGCGAAUCGCUCCUGAGUCCGCCGCGAUAUGCAGCCCCGACGCUAGCGACGCCGUCCCCGGCCCGGCCCCAGCGCCACACGCAGCCACCGUCGGCCUUUGCCUUCAUGUCAUCGCCCGAGCCGACGCAGGAGGACCCGCAUCACUACAGCCAGCAGCAGUAUCAUCCGCGACCGCAGCAAUACCAACAGCAGCAACAGACGCCACCCCCCGCGUCGGUCUUUAACUUUCUCAACGUUCCGGUGCAAGCGUCGCCGGCGCCCACCACCGCCCCGUCCGGUUUUUCGUUCAUGUCGUCACCCUUGGCGGCGCCCGUGGCCUCGCCAUCUCCGCCUGCGCCGAUCACGUCGUCGUCGUUUUCAUUCCUGACGCAGCCAACGCCGUCGCAACCGCCGUCGGACGGACAGGGGUUCUCGUUCAUGACGCUCAACACGCCGCCGCAGGCUCCUGUCGCGUCCUACGACGUCUUUUCGCAGCCGCCCGUGCUCGCGAUCGGCGCACCGCCGGCCAAAACAGUAUCGGCCGGUGACCACAUCCACGACGCCUUUGAAGGUCUCGGGAGCGAGCCUGACGAGAAUGCGCCCGAAGAAGAUCUUUUAUCUGGCUUUUUGGCGCCGAGAGACCGACGGGCAAGUGCCCCCGAGCCGGUCGACUUUGCCAAGCUCAAGCUCGCUGGCGCGGCGCGCGAAGUCGUCUUGGAGAUUGAUAUCCCUGCCGGUCCCAUGGGCAUCAUCCUCGACAAGAGCAUUCCAAGCAUGGGCGUCAUCGAGCGCUUUGUGCCGCUGCCGACGGGCGAGAAGGGCUACAUCGAGAUGCACCCGGCCAUCACGCCCGGGUGCGCGCUCGUCAGCGUCAACUUCACCAACGUCGAGCACGCGUCUCUGGACGACCUCGGCCCGAUCCUCGCGGCCGCCUCGGGGUUCAACCGGGUGCUCAAAUUCAAAAAGUUCAUUGUCGGCGGCCGCGUCAUGCACCCGCUGCACCUCAACGUCCCGUACAUCCCGCCGUCGGGAGCGGCCAGUGAGGACGGCACCGACGACGCGCAGCCGCCGGCGACAGAGGAAUCGCAGCGGCCAUCGAUCGGGUUUGCGUCGCCUGUGACGCGGCCGUCGGCGCCGCCGGUCGGCUUCAUGUCGCCCGCACCGACAGCGUCAAUCUCAUCAGCGUCCGGUUUCGAUUUUCUCUUGUCGUCGCCGGCACCGCCAUCGUCGCCGCCCAAGCCCGUCUCGGCGUUCAACUUCAUGUCGCAGCCGAGUCAAGUGCACUACGGGCAUGGGCUCGGUGCUGCGACGUCGUCGCUCUUCCCGAGCGUGAACUCGCCCGCCAAGCAAGCGCUUGUGGUCUCGCCGCGACACCGAGCGUCGCCGGCUCGCGCAGCCUCGGCGUUCGCGUUCAUGUCGCCGUCAUCGCCGCCGCAGGUCGACGCAAUGGCCGCGACCUUUGGCCAGCUCGAGAUCCGAGGAUCUCAGGCGCCGCCGUCGUCGGCCUUUGGCUUUAUGCAGCCGUCGCAUGCAACGCCGCCGCGCCCGCUUGUCCAGUCGCCGCCGCGAGCCAUGUCGGCGUUUGACUUUCUCGAGAGUUCGCCGCCGCGUCGAGGCAGCACCGACGACGAGGCGCCCCGCCCGACGUCGGCGUUUUCGUUCAUUGCGUGA